AUGGACAUGACUGGUAUUACUUCUUCAUUCUCGCGAUGUGCUGCUUUCCGGACUCUCGGCUUGGUGCUCCAUGGGAUGGAUACCGUGCAGCUGCUGGACAUUACUGAUCACAGGCUCCUUUGCUGGCGGGAUGCAGUUUGCGAGGCUAUGACUCUGGGCUUUCGAGCAGAGUCUCUUCUGAACCUGGUGAAGGGUUUGGCACGUGCUGCAUUUGGGGCACGGGCUGUUCAUAACAUGAAGUCAAAUCCCGGCCCUGAUGAAAUAGGGCAGCAGCAGAGGCUUUGGUCUUCAAGCAGCACGAACUGGAAAACCAGCGCAGGGAAUUGCGUGGCCUCCUUUCUGCCCAAGGUGUCUCUUCCGACAGUGCUGACUGCGUGA